CAACAAUCUCAAGCCCACAACCACAUCAGUUUGAAAGACCCGCGCAAAGGCUAUCUAUCUCCUCCACGUGAGGAUAAGGUUUGCAAAAGCAAAGUACAGCUGACGGAAAGCAAACUCAGAAAACGUUAAAUGGAGGGAGGUCUGCAGCUGUAGAAUCGAUUCUCAGCCGUAGAUCUUGGAGUCUCCCCAAGAUGAAGACAUCUGUCCUAACUCUCUAGGGGUUGGGUUUCACUUAAGAUGAAUGAAAAUCAUUUUCAGUAAAGAUUCAAGCUUUGUUUCUAAACCCUUUUUUAUUGUCUUCUUCUUGUACACAAAACCCUCGAUAUAAUCCAAAAAAGCCAAUCGCUCGCGCGCACAGACUACAAUGGCAAAUAACCUCAAGCACCCAUUGGAAGAUCCACCAUCUUCAAGCACCGGUGAGAAAGAAAUAGAGUCUGAAGAAGAAGAAGAAACCAUCAUUUCUUCAGAAGAAGAAGACGAAGAAGAAACUCCACCGAGAUCUGGUUCCAAGGAGGAUGAUUUUGGUUCCAGCGAGUCUCAGCUGACAGGGAGGAAGCGUCUCUCAACCAACGUGGCGAGUUCGAAUGUCGCCAAGAAAGUUUACACACAACAAGGUGGGAAGAUGGGAACUAAUAGACUACCACCUUGUACGAGACUGUUUAGUGAGAAAGAUGAGAUUGUUUUGUUACAAGGUCUUAUUGAUUCCCAAGGGAAUAAUAAUCCAUUCGAAGAUAGGCGUCCACUCUACGAAUCAAUGAAGGCGUCUUUUAGUUUUGAUGUUACCUGGGCUCAGUUCAAGAAAAAGAUUUGGUCUUUAAAGAGGAAAUAUACAAGGACUGAGAUGAGGGGUGGAGUAGCUUCUUUUUUUCGGAAUCCUCAUGAAAAAAGGUGUUUUCAGUUAUCAAAGGCUAUUUGGGGAGCUGUUGAAUCUGACGAGAGUGAGAGGGGAUUGUCAAAGAAGCAGCGUGACUUGGUCACUCCACUUAAGGGUAGGAAUAAUGCUCAAGAAGGAGAUAUGAAGAAGAAGAAGAAGUCCCGACUUGUUGUUGAGAAAGAAUCUGCUGAUUGGGAUGAUGAAAGUGCUUUCUUUCUUGGUAUGGAUUUUCUGAAAGCAAAAUGGACCAAGGUUCCCCCAACUGAGUCUAAGAAGGAAACCCAAGAGAAGAUGAAGAAGUUGUAUGCCAGUGAACUUGAAUGUCAAAAGUUUGAAGAGAUGCUCAAGGCUAUGAAAAAUAAAUGUGCACAUGCCAAGGUUGAGCUGCUGAAUGAGGUUACCUCUUUGAUCAUGGCAGCUGAUUAGAUCCAUAUAUAUAGUUUAUUGGGUUCUCUUUUCAGAUGCAAUGACUAUAUAUGUUUAGUGGGUUUUGUUUUGAUUCAGUGCCUUACUUUGAAGUCUUGUGUUAAAACUUAAAGAUUUUUAUCUUUUCUAGUGCUGUUUUAGCGUUUUAGUUUAGCUUUUAUGAUUCUCUAUUUUGGAUUGUUGCCUAUGUAAGAAAACAACAUGAGAGUAGCAUAUCUUUGCAUCACAAUUCACAAGCAAAACAAUAUGUCGUUUGAACA